AUGUACGCGAAGGGCAAGGUACCUUCAGGAUGCACCGAAGACCCUGUGGUUAGAAACACCUGGAAGUCAUGUCCGACCUGUUUCAGAUCAACAGUAGAAAACAUCUCAAAACUGUUUAUCGAAGUGCCCGCGAGUAAACGGCUAUUUCCGAGAGGGCCGCCGAAUUUUUUUAAGUUACGGGAGACAGUUCAACAGGAUUUUAUUCGACACGUCAUAAUAUCCCCGACUGCAGUUUGCGUCAGCACAUGCCCUUACUUACUGGGACUUCAGCUAUCGGUGUCCGAUCGCUUCGACGAACGCAACGCCAUCCGUGCCACAUGGGGCAGCGUGGCCAAAACUAAGUUAUGGCCACACGUUAUUAUGAAUGCAGACUUUGAAAUCCUCUUCGUCCUAGCGCAUAGAUCUAGGCCAGCCGAAGGCAGUUCCGAAGAAAUGCAACUGAUCCAAGCCGAGGCCAAUAGACACGGGGACAUACUGUACCUAGAUAUGCAGGAUUCCUACUUUAACUUAACCCUGAAGCUGAUGUCCACGCUUCGCUGGGUACAGACGCAAUGCCCGAGAACCAAGUUCUUCCUCAAAGUGGACGCGGAUACUUUCGUCAACGUGCCGUUGCUGGUGGAUCUGCUGGUUGUCAACGAGCACCUUCUGGAGUUCUCUGUCACGGGGCACAUGUACGCUGGCGAUAAGUACGCCUAUAGAGACGGCAGAUGGGGAGUCGACAAGGCGCUCUACCCUAUAGCUACGUUCCCAGUGUAUGCCUCGGGUAAGUUAGACGACAUUUACUCUUUGUGUGGUUGCAGAGUGUCUUCUUCCUCUUCUUGUUUUGCUACUCAUCGCAAAACGGAACAAAGAUCCCUCAGCUAA